UGUCGGGCAAAGUGAGCUGCCCCUCGCCUUCAUUGCGCCCAAGCCGCCGAGGUCACUGACACCUGAAAGAGAAAAGCCUCCGCGAGCUUCGCCGCUGGUGAAGAACAGCUCCAAGAGACGAACUGAGGAAAUCUGGAGUGUAAACUUGCUAGCCUCAUUCCGUUUCCUGAAGCUAAUGAUAAUUCUCUUAGGUGGUGUUGGUAUGGCUCGGAGUCCAAUUGAGAACAAGACCAGAACCAUUUUAUUUGUAGUUGUAGUAUUUGGCCUUUGUUCCUUCUUCUACCUCCUUGGUGUAUGGCAACGAAGUGGUUUUGGAAGAGGGGAUAGCAUAGCAGCUGUGGUGAAUGAGCAGACCAAAUGUGUGAGACUGCCAAAUCUGAAUUUUGAGACCCACCAUAGCGCAUCUGAUCUUCCUAACUACACUGCCAGUUAUGAAGUUAAAAGUUUUGAGCCAUGUCAUGCCGAAUACACUGAUUACACUCCCUGCGAGGAGCAAAAGCGUGCAAUGACCUUCCCUAGGGAUAACAUGAUAUAUCGGGAGAGGCAUUGCCCACCUGAAAAGGAAAAGCUUUACUGUCUGAUUCCAGCACCAAAGGGUUAUGUUGCUCCUUUUCCGUGGCCGAAAAGUCGUGAUUAUGUUUUUUAUGCCAAUGUACCACACAAGAGCCUUACAGUUGAAAAGGCUAUCCAAAACUGGGUGCACUAUGAGGGCAAUGUCUUCAGGUUUCCUGGUGGUGGAACACAAUUUCCUCAAGGUGCAGACAAGUACAUAGACCACCUUGCUUCUGUUAUCCCAAUUAAUGAAGGGAAAGUGAGAACUGCACUUGACACUGGUUGCGGGGUUGCCAGCCUGGGUGCUUACCUGUUGAAGAAAAAUGUUUUGACUGUGUCAUUUGCACCAAAGGAUAAUCAUGAAUCACAAGUACAGUUUGCACUGGAGAGAGGUGUCCCUGCAUAUAUCGGUGUCCUUGGAUCAAUAAAGCUCCCAUUUCCAUCUCGAGUAUUUGACAUGGCGCAUUGCUCCAGAUGUUUAAUACCAUGGAGCGGAAGUGAUGGUAUGUACAUGAUGGAAGUCGAUAGAGUACUUAGGCCCGGUGGGUACUGGAUACUCUCAGGGCCACCGAUAGGUUGGAAGAUACACUAUAAGGGAUGGCAACGGACCAAAGAUGAUCUUCGGAAUGAGCAGAGAAAAAUAGAGCGAUUCGCAGAACUUCUCUGCUGGAAGAAGAUUUCUGAGAAGGAUGGUAUUGCCAUAUGGAGAAAGAGAUUAAAUGACAAGUCUUGCCCCAGGAAGCAAGACAAUUCAAAAGUUGGCAAAUGUGAGUUGACAAGCGACAAUGAUGUAUGGUAUAAGAAAAUGGAAGUCUGUAUAACUCCCCUUCCUGAGGUUAAAAGUGUGUCAGAGGUUGCUGGUGGUCAACUACAACCAUUUCCCCAGAGGCUCAAUGCAGUACCUCCUCGGAUAGCGUUAGGUUCUGUACCAGGGUUCUCAGUUCAAUCAUAUCAGGAGGACAAUAAACUCUGGCAGAAACAUGUUAACGGUUACAAAAAAACUAAUGACUUGCUUGAUACUGGAAGAUACCGCAACAUAAUGGACAUGAAUGCGGGUCUUGGUAGUUUUGCCGCUGUACUAGAGUCCACAAAGUUGUGGGUCAUGAAUGUCGUUCCGACCAUUGCAGAUGCUUCCACUUUAGGUGUAAUUUAUGAGCGAGGAUUAAUAGGCAUGUAUCACGACUGGUGUGAAGGGUUUUCUACUUACCCAAGGACAUAUGACCUCAUACAUGCUAAUGAUGUCUUCAGUUUAUACCAGAACAAGUGUAAGUUCGAAGAUAUACUCCUGGAAAUGGACCGGAUCUUACGUCCAGAGGGGGCAGUUAUAAUCCGUGACAAGGUUGAUGCUCUUGUAAAGGUGGAGAAAAUAGCCAACGCCAUGAGAUGGAAAACGAGAUUGGCCAACCAUGAGAGUGGGCCUCAUGUGUCUGAGAAGAUACUCUUUGCAGUUAAGCAAUACUGGGCUACCGAAAGCAAGAGCCACUAACAUGCCCAGACUAUUUUUCUCCAGUCUCCUGGAUAACUUUGUCCCUGUCAGUGGCUCAGCGCUCGAUGCAAGAACAUGCUAGAAUACAGGUUUGGAAAUUUUCACUCCAAGUAGAGCUAAAGCAAUCAAUAAACUAGAGGAGAGUAAACCAUACCGUAUGAACCGGGUAAUCUGUUUUCCUCCAGAUCAUCGGUGUGUGGUUGGUGCAAAUGGCUCAUCUUUGUUGGAACAGAUUUAGCUGUUAGCAGUUUUAGGAUCACCUCAGCUGUCCACAAGUCCAUCCUCAAGACAUGAACUGGGACUGCUCAGUUUUUUCAUGUGUUCCGGCACAGCUCUUCAGAGAAGUUUAGAUACGGUUCCUCCGGCUUCACCCAUUUUUGUUUGUGUUGUAUCUUAGAAAAUUCUUGAACCGAAGAUUGUACCUGAACAAAUAAGGUUGUUUCCGUCAAUGGCAGAGCAAGAGCAAUUGUGAGUCUUACCUAA